CGCGGCGGCCCCUCUCCCCAUCCGGGUCCCUCCGUGCGGUGUAGCAGGUCGGUAGGCGGGAAAUGGCGACUGGCUGCUGAGCGGCUGCGGAGCGCGGAGCCCCGGCGGCGGUGUAAACACAGCGGCGCCCGCCCGGCCUGGCCCGGCCCGGCCCGGCCGCCGGGGACCCGGACACCGGGGGCCCGCCUCCCCGGCACCCCGCACCCGCAGCUUUACAUGUGGUACACAUGAAAAUGAGGCUGAGAACGCGGAAAGCUUCUCAGCAAUCGAAUCAAAUUCACACACAACGUGCUUUGAGGGCAAAGAGGAAACAUUCGGAGGUGGAAGAGAGCUUACCUGUUGGCGGAGGAAAACCACAGAAAAAUGAAACUGGCUUGUUGUCUUCAAUCAAAAAGUUUAUUAAAGGAAGCACACCCAAGGAAGAAAGAGAAAAUCCUGCAAAAAGAAGUAGAAUUGAACGGGAUAUAGAUAACAGCUUGAUUACAUCCACACCUCAAACAGGAGAAAAGCCUAAUAAACAGAUCUCUCGAGUACGACGGAAAAGUCAAAUGAAUGGAGAAGCUGGAAGUUACGAAAUGACAAACCAACAUGUAAAGCAAAAUGGAAAAUUAGAAGAUAAUCCUGCCACUGGCAGUCCCCCACGAACUACAUUACUGGGAACCAUAUUUUCUCCUGUUUUCAAUUUUUUUUCACCAGCAAAUAAAAAUGGAACAUCAGGAUCAGAUUCUCCAGGACAAGCUGUUGAAGCUGAAGAAAUAGUCAAACAGCUUGAUAUGGAACAGGUAGAUGAGAUUACUACAAGUACUGCAACAUCAACCAAUGGAGCAGCUUAUACUAGCCAAGCAGUGCAGGUCAGAUCGACUGUCAACAAUGGCUUAGAAGAAGUGGAGGAAACAAACGACCGUGACCUGCCACCGCUUACAGCACCAGUAUCUCCAGACAGUGGCUACUCAUCAGCUCAUGCAGAAGCCACCUAUGAAGAAGACUGGGAAGUCUUUGAUCCAUAUUAUUUCAUCAAACAUGUUCCACCACUAACAGAAGAACAACUUAACAGGAAGCCAGCUCUUCCACUGAAAACAAGAAGCACACCAGAAUUCUCAUUAGUUCUAGACUUGGAUGAAACAUUAGUGCACUGUAGUCUAAAUGAAUUAGAAGAUGCUGCACUCACUUUUCCAGUUCUUUUUCAAGAUGUCAUUUACCAGGUUUAUGUCCGGUUAAGGCCAUUCUUCCGAGAAUUCCUGGAACGUAUGUCUCAGAUUUAUGAGAUCAUUCUUUUUACUGCUUCUAAGAAGGUGUAUGCAGACAAGUUAUUGAACAUACUAGACCCUAAAAAGCAACUGGUCAGGCAUCGACUUUUCCGUGAGCAUUGUGUUUGUGUACAAGGAAAUUACAUAAAGGAUUUAAACAUUCUUGGUAGAGAUCUUUCAAAAACGAUCAUAAUUGACAAUUCACCACAAGCCUUUGCUUAUCAGCUUUCAAAUGGAAUUCCUAUAGAAAGCUGGUUCAUGGAUAAAAAUGACAACGAACUCCUAAAAUUGAUUCCAUUUCUGGAGAAACUUGUAGAGCUGAACGAAGAUGUCCGACCUCACAUCAGAGACAGAUUUCGCUUGCAUGACUUGCUACCCCCAGAUUAAAGCCUUUUGUCUAAUUACUGAAGGGGGAGAAAAUGCAGGACCCUUUUGGACUAAAACAAAACAUUGCCAUUACUGUUGAAAUUUUGCAUUUUUGUACCCCGUCUUGCUUUUCUUAUCUUUGGUGCCCAACAAUAAUCAAGGGUUACAGAAAGAGACUUUAUAUAUCUGAGAUUGAAUACAUUCAGUACAAUACAGUACAACACAGUAGGUAGGCUAGAACAGAAAAGUCUUUAGAACUAGUGCAACUCCAAUGAAAUUUUUUUAUGUACAGGACAUCUGCAGUUUAUAAAGAAUUCUGUUUCUGCCACCAGCAGUUUGACCUGUAGAAACACAGGAUUUUAUGAUAUAACAGAGAUUGAAAAUGGACUCUUAUUUUCUCUCUGUUCGGUGCUCUAAGUGGGUUUGUAGCCACUUUUCUGUUACUUUUAAGAUUCUCAUUUCAACAGGAAUGGCCAGUAAAAGUUGUUUUAUUUUUCCUGUUAAGGUUUAUAACCUUUUUACAUUUUUGACCUGUAUUAGAUUAGAAUUUCAUUAUGCAUUCCUUUUAGUUGAGGCGCUUCAUAGUUUUUCUGGAAAUAGCCAAAUUUUCUUAGUUUUUUAUUAAACAGUUGGAUGGCCGUUUUCCUGCUUCGUCUGCCUGCAUACUGUAUAUUUGUUUAAAAAUAUUCUCUAGUUUUAGUCCAUGUAAGUUUCAUUUAGAAAGAAAACCCCUGCAUUUAUAUUUUCUUUCUGUAAUAUUCUACUGUAGUUGAAAUCUUUUCAAAAAUCAAGAGACUGGCUAGAUAAGAAGAAUAUAAGAAUUACUAAUAUUCAGAAUAUUUUAAACCAUUGUGAUGGCAUGUACUCUGGACAGACAAUAUCUUGCAGUGGCACAAACAACUGAUGGACAAGGAAUACCUCAGACUAUGCUGUGCAUGCAGAUCUUGAAAGGAGAACUAGUUUGGUCACCUCUUAGGUUUGAUGCAAUUCAAUUACUGCUGCCUUCUGUUUCCUCCAAGAUUGAAGUGUUCUGCACAGUGGCUCAGUAUUUUAAGACGUUUUGCAUGGGCUGCCGGUACCUCUGUGACACUCUGCGUUACAAUCAGUUUUAAACUCUGUGUGACAGCGAAGGUACCCGGCAGUAACCAUGCACGAUCCUGUGGUACCGUACACUCCCACGCCACCGACGCAGUCAGUCUGCUAUCAUAGUGGUUUUCUAUGCUAUAUGGAAAUAGUCUUUCAGCCUUGGUUCUCUAAUGCAGCUACUACAAGAGGUUGAUAUUUUUAUAAUGGUGUGUAAUCUCCUUUUCAGGAGGCUUUUUAUGGAAGGUAUAAUUUGUAAAAGUUUGGAUGCUUUGCCUCUCGACUGCAUUAACACGCCACAGGCUCAGACUGUUUUUGUGUAAAAGAUGUCACAGAACGGCACUUUUUCUAAAGAGAAGUUUGAUAUUUUGUAUGCUUGUUAAGAAAGUACAGUAUUGGAAAUUAAAGGUGGACAACUGAUAAUUGAGAAGUAUGUCAAUUAAUUUUUUAUGUAUAUUACCUGUUUACUUGUACAAUUUUAUUGUACAAAUUACAUGCAGCUUCAUUUUCAAAUGAGUCCUUAAAAUAAGGAAAAUCUUUUUAGGAAAACAUUUAAUUUUUGUAUUUUUGAUUUUAAAAGGCAUGAGUUAUGUCAACUUUUUCCAGUGUAUUAAUGAAGAUUUUAACUUUUCAUCAGGUUGAGUGUUUUCUUACUAUAUUAUCUGUUGUGUAUGUAGCUAGCACAUUGUGUCACUGAACUGUUUAAAAAAAUUAGCAUGUAGAGCAAGCCUGUUUUGUGGAAAAUCCUUAUUCAUUAAAAAAAAAAAACAUCAUGGCAGAUUUUCUGCAAAAAAGUGAAAACAUUUGCAAUUCAGAAUACUGAUUUUUUUUGUAUUUAAAGAAAGGUAUUUUGCUUGCAGGAAAGAAAUACUACAGAUUCAUUUUAAUGAGAAUCUUUUAAAUGUAUUUAUCUUUAGGGCAUCUGGGCAUCUUUACGCUGUUUGUCUUAUGUCUUUAUUGAAAUAAAAUGUACAUAACAUUA